ACUCAAAGAGCUCUUCCACAACUAACACGUACACCACCAACAUCAUGCCGGCCACCGAAGGUCAGAUACAGCUUCAGUACUCGCUUCCGCUGCCCUGCAAGGCCGUAAAGACAGGUGAUUUGCCCACGAUGCAGCUAGGACAAGGACAAGGGCAUGAAGACUUACCAGCCAACUUUGACCGCCUUACUCUCGACGCUUCAAAUGAGGCAUCCACGACGCAGCUCUUUCCGUCGCCACCAGACUCCCCUUUCAAGCUACCGUCACUGCCAGCGAGCGCGAUGAAACUGAUUUCCCCCGAUCGCCGCGACGGUUUCUGCCCAGCCGGCAUCCACCAGUUCGAGUUCGGCCACUUGGAAGAUAUCUCAGACGAGGACCUCUCAGACGAAGACAUAGACGGCGCUGAGGACGAGGACCAGGACGAAGAAUAUGAGGACUUCGACUUCGACGCACCUCCCUCGAAUCCCUUCGCCACCGAAUCCACCGAGUCAAACAAACCUAUUGCCAUCUCCGCAUUCCACGACCUAGAACUCGGCACAGACCCCGUCUUCCUCCUGGGCAAGCGCAUCGUCAGAGCCUUCCACAACACCGACAUCACGUGCAUGAUCGUCCUAGACACUGCGCGCCGCCUCACCACCCCGCAGGCCUACCUCGUCAUCUUCGUGCGGAAAGACCACCUCGCGUACCUGGAUGCCGAGGACGACGGCUACUCGAAAGCAAAGAGGCGCGACGAGUCACCGUGGCAACAUCGCCCCGACGCUGACCACCCCAUCCCCACGACGUUCUUGGCGGACCCUGCCAUACAAAGUGCGGACUUUGAUCCCUCGACGCGGAGGAGCCUGAGGAACAGCGUGUACGGCCUUCCGCUCAUCACAGAGGCGAUUUCGGGCUACAGGGUGUCGACUGAGAUCACAGAAUCUGCAGAUGGGAUGGCAAAUGUGCGCAACGUGUACCACCGCGUGAUCGGGUAUCGGACGGAUCGAAUGGAGAAGUUGGGGUAUAUCUGGGCGGAGCGUGAGACGCCACCGAACCUGACGGAGCUUGUGUACUUCGAUGUUGUUAUGCGGGCGAGGCCGGUGAGCCUCAAGCAGGAAUGGGCGUAUGAGAUGUAGAGAGAGGGGGUGGAUAGGGGGAGGAGGCGUGGCGGUUAGAACAUGCUGGUCAUGGAAUAGUUUGCGGUGUUGGCGGUUAUGGUGGCUUUGGCGGUAUUGUGCUACAUAAUGUAGUCGAAUUUGGGGCUUUGUGAGACUAGAUAUCCGGUACUAUAAGUACUGUUAGGCGA